GAGAGAGAGAGAGAGAGAGAGAGAUGCAGUCGCUGCAGGAGAAGGCAUCGGCAUGGAGCGGCGUGGAUCAGGCUGACGCAUUCGCCAUAGACGAAUCCAAUCUCUUCGAAAAGCUCGGUCUUCAGAGCUUCAUCAACCUCUCCACUAACUUCUACACCAGGGUAUAUGAUGACGAAGAGGAAUGGUUUCGAUCCAUGUUUGCUAACUCUAAGAAAGAAGAUGCCAUCCAGAACCAGUAUGAGUUCUUUGUUCAGCGUAUGGGAGGCCCUCCUCUGUAUUCUCAAAGGAAAGGUCAUCCUGCUCUGAUUGGUCGUCACCGUCCAUUUCCAGUGACUCACGAAGCUGCCGAGAGAUGGCUGCAGCAUAUGCAAAAUGCUAUGGACGAGUCGGUUGACAUUGACCAGGACUCUAAAGUCAAAAUGAUGAACUUCUUUAGGCACACCGCUUUCUUCCUUGUGGCUGGAAACGAGUUGAAGAACCAGAAUCAGAACAACCAAGUUGCGUGUAAACACGGUGCCAGUAAACCCGCAGAAGAGUAAUCAACAACAGAUUCUCGUUGUAUUUUUUACCUUCCAUUGAAAGUACACAGAUUCAAGGAGAAUUAGUCUUUCUUCGAAAAGCUAUGCGAGAGAAAUAUGACUGGUCUUUACUCUCAUUGCACACUCACGCUUCUUUAGAUUGUCUGAUACAUUUGAAAGAUUCUAAUAAGCUGUAUUACAAUUUCUUACUUCUUCCAUGUCACAUGUAUAAUCCUGCCAUAUGGAUGGAAAAGGAAUCUCAUGUGCACAUUUUAAGAAACCAAAAAGUCCAUUAAUAUCAUUUGAGUAUUU